AUACGUCGGCCGCUGUCCAUUGCCGCUAAAUUAAUUCCACGAUGGACCUGAAACUCUCUUUUAUGCCUAUACGGAGGAAACUAUUAAUAUAUGUCAUCCACAUAAGCAUUUCAUUGUUUUUAAUAUUACAGUACCAUUUUAAUUGAGGAUCAUAAUUUUUUCUUUUAGAUGACGUAAUUAUUGUGGCCUACGAUUCAGAACUUCCAUUAACCAAUAAGUCUUCACCUUACAUUUUUUUUAUCGAAACAUCCGGUAGGAAUUUUCUGAAUGAUCGCCAAGCUUGCGCGGUGGAGUCAACAGCAAGACAUAAUUCUUGGUCAAAAAUACAAGUGAUCAUGUUUACAAUAGAUUCAAUACAAGAUCAUUACGGAUUAAAUAAAUCUUUUCCUAAUAUCGCCUUUCUUCAAACAAACGUUGAGGACGUGUUUACGGACACUCCAUUAGAAGAAUGGUACGAAGAAGGAUUGUGGAAGAACAGUAGUAAUUCGUUAUUACACUUAAGCGACUCUUCGCGACUGGCUCUCAUAUGGAAAUUUGGUGGAAUUUAUCUAGACUUAGACAUUGUUAUGCUAAAAUCAAUGUUGGGGUUAAGAAAUUUCCUCAUAAAACAAAGCGAAGAAGAUUUAUGUAAUGGAAUCUUUGGUUUCGAUAAUAACCAUCCAUUUAUAGUUAAUUGUAUGUAUAAUUUGGGUAAGCAAUGUAAGAAAAGCAACAAUUCUUUCGGUUGUGGAGGUCCACCGAUGUUCACUGCAAUUUUCAAGACCAUGUGUGGAGACAGCAAGAAGAUAAAAGAAGAAGAAAGUUGCAAUAUUAAGAUAUUGCCUGUAAAUUCUGCUUUUCCGGUUCCUUACAAAGAGUGGAGAGAUUAUUUCAACAAAUCGUCUAAGGUUAAAGUUAAUCUGAAGAUGAAAUACAGUUACCUCAUUCAUACGUGGAAUUUUUUGAGUUCCAAAGAAAAAUUAAGAAUAGGAUCAGGAAGUGCUUAUGAACAAGCGAUACGAUCUAAUUGUCCUCUUGUAUACGAAAAAGUAUUAAAAGAUAAUGGUGUUCUUUAACAUUAUUUUUUAAUUAAUGUUUUUGUCGCAUAAUUUAUAUAAAAACGUGUGUGAUUGUUGUAACGUUUUUUAAAUAAGGCUUUUAUUCGUUUAAGAA